AGUGUAGGUAGAAUACUCGUGGGGUUCGGUUCAGCUCGGCUGAGUUCGUGUGUUCUCGGGGUUCGGUGGUGGCCGCGCACCUCUGCCAAGAGUUUCAUGCUGCGUGGAAUGAAACUCGUACGCGACCAGCUCGACGGGGCCGGCUUCCUUACGUAUGGCGGCUACGUAUCGAUAGUUUAUCCCCUUAAUUGAUAGUCCGAUUACCGUAUCGAGAGUGCCGUUGGUACAGAAAUCAGAGUCCGUGUCGUGCCGCGUCGGCUAAUCGUGCAUGAGGAAAGCGCUGCUGGCGAGAAGUAGUGACAGUACGUCAGGAGAUUUCGCGUGGAAUAGAACUUUUGAGGUUCGCGCUUCGGAGCGUGCUGUUAUUGUGGUACAUUGAAGCAGUGCGGUGAUAGUUUACCUCGAUAAGGAACGGAGCUGGAUAGAUGGGGAGGAUGGAAAAGGAAUAGAAGGAUGAUCGGUUGGUCCUAAGACAGGUGGGACGAUGGAAGGACGAAAAGUGGUAAAAAUUAUUAAAAUUAAUGUUAACCUCGUGAAUCAUUUUUGAAUGGUCAGUGAAAGUGUCUCUUGAAGUUGAAGGAAAACUGCCUGUGUGUUGCCAUGACUCUGACGCAGUGAUAUGGUACUACGUAGGGAGGUGAUGAGACCGCGUUCAAGUGUCCCGAAGUGUCACUCGGCCGACUCCCCGUUCAGAGGGGCUGCUACCACUUGGUUUUGAAAAGAAAGGAAGGCACGAUGACGUUCCCAUUGGUCGGGGAUGUCAGGUAACGAUCCUUCCAAGCGAAAAUCGGAUUCGUAGGCGGGGCUUAAGGUCGGAGACACGUGACACGGAAACUGUCACGCCGCCCUUGCUUCCCGUUCUAUCCCCUCCCUAGGAUCCAAUACGACCGAGUAAACGAACACACACCGGCUUCCCCGUCGCAACGUGGAAUUGUUAAACUCCGCCUGAUUUCACUGCUACGAGGAUCUCUCAUGGCCCUACGACCAAACGUUAUCAGGGCAACCGGAAAUUCUCACGGAGUAGCAAGGAUCGCCUCAUGGAUGCAGUACGAAUCGAAGGAAUGAGAAAUAGAUGAAACUUUUUUAAGACUCGACUCGUGCCUUACAGCGCCCUCGGAUUCUCUUAUCCCCAUCGAUUGGCACGAACAAUUGAUUUUCGAAGACGCCGUCAUUUUUAUGGCUAGUUUCAGGGUGAUGCGUCCGAUCGUAGAAUUGCUUCCAACAGGGAUGGCACUUCCGGGAGUAGUAUAUCGCUCGUGGCAGUGAAACUUUAAGUAUGCAGCAAGCAAGUCUUGGAAGCUGUGACGUUAAUCCGGGCCCGGGUCCAGCUUCCAGUCCUGUAGACCUAGUCGCAAAGCCCCCAAAGGAAUUCAUGGUGAAGAGCGAAGUCUCGGAAAAGGAUCCUGAGGUCGAGGUGAAGCAAGAGGUACCCGAGGACGAGGUGGUGGACGUGAAAGGUGAAACUCAGGAAGACUUUGGCGAAUAUCGUUGUGCCAGGAAGGAAGCAUGUUUGCCAACCAAUAAGAACAGCAGCAUCGAAUUCCCCAAGAUUACGUGUCAAGCUCAGAAUCCUGGUUAUCAUCUUCUCGGAUUCCCUCAUUUUUAUGGACCACCGCCAGCACCCCCACCGGCACCGCCACCAACCUUUCCACCAGGACACUCACCGGAUCGAUCAGCCUGUAAACCUUACAACGAACCUCACGAUCAUGAUCGAUCAAGAGUCGAUGGACAUUCGGCGUACAGAGGAGCCACGACGAAUUCAAUAAGCGACGGAUUCUUGCACCAUCAGAGAUACGAUCCCGCGAAUUUUCAUCGUGCUAACGAACAUAGGAAAUCAAUGUCCAGUUAUCCCCAUGUUCCCUAUGGUGGUUAUCGUCAUCCCCACGUGCAAAGUCCCUACAAUAGCCAUCAGAAUAACAAUAGUCACUACAGGAAUCAUUAUUCUUCAAGACAGCGGAAAUGGAGCAACACGACGCUCAGAGGACUUCAUCCACCCACGCCGUGGCCAACGUGGUUUUUUCGUCCUGAAAUUCCAGCGAGCACCAGUCUAACGAGUCACAUUGGAAAUUCGAAUAAUUCCACGAAUUCGUCAAUAAAUUCAUUUCCAUCGCGCCCUCACGCAGAUCCACCGAAAGGACCGGAAGGUCCUGUGGACGGGAACAAGAUCCAUGGCCAGACACCUACAAUCUGCACGUCAAUAAGGUGCACCGUCAAUGGAUGCUCCUGCGAGUCAUUCACACCUGGGAAACGUCAUCUACGCUACUGUGGAAAGUGUCAUCAUGGCUGGGUACCGCACGCGCUCGCGCGACUGUCAAACCUCCACGGUGGUGGGGAUGUCGCCUCCAGCCCCCAUCAGUCUGGUAGGGAGGACAAAAGCGUCGUAGGGAGGGUAAAAGCUCCCGGUAGUGGGGAUCGGAGCGAACUCGAGGAGAAGGAGGAGAGGCCACUGGCUUCAGAGAGUGUCGAGCCGACGGCCGCGUUUGACGUCGCAUCCCUCGUACUCUACGGCUCGCGCGCACUGCCGAUUCGCCUUAAGAUCUUGCUCGAUCAAUUGUUUAAUCAGUUGCCACACGCGCAAGUGACCCGUCUCCUUGCCGCUUUCGGCUGGACACACGAGGAUUACACUAGAGGAUACAUACUGCAGGACUCGCAGAACGGCCCGGUGCUGGACCGAUGGAGCAUCUGCUCGGCUGAGGAGGAACCGCUGGUUUUACAGCAGUUCCUCAGAUUCGCCGAGACGCGUCCCUUCGUACAGCAGUUGCUUUUGGCCGCCGGAGCGCCAGGGUCGGAUGUUAUGUCCCCCAGCCGGCGACCAUCCCCCCCGACGAUGCCUCUAGCACACUUGCCACCCCCAUUACACCUUUUACAUUGUGGUAUACCACCACCAGGGUCGAGACUACCGCCUCCACCGCCUCCGCCCCCGCCACACUCAGCGCCUGUCUCUCAUCCAUCGAUGUCACCAUCCGCGCAAAAGCACUACUCGACGGCGGGCAGCAACCCUAGCCUUUCAACGAACUCCUCCAGUGCGCCGUCGAGAGCGAUGGAGGCAGCAGCUGCUGCGGCUGCAGUCGCAGCAUCUCAUCUCACAGUCUCACCUCUUAAUAGACUGCAGAGUAUGCAGCCUUUCGAUUUUCGCAAACUCGGGACUCUUGGUCUACCAGCGUUUCCGCCUUUGCCGCCGCCACCACCUCAAGAUGCAUUGAUGCAAUCACGGAAGAGCACGAGACAUCCUCAGAGUCCUCACAGUCCACCUCAUCAUUCAUCUAGUUCUCGGCUGAGGCCUCCGGUAUCGGGAGCACCUGUUUCCUCAGCAGCGAUGACGUUUAAUCAUCCCUUGGCGGUGGCAGUAUCUUCGGGAACUCUGCCACCGAAUUUUCCUACUCAUUUUCAGCACCCGUCUAUUGGAAAACCUCCAAUGAACAGUAUAUCGGGAAUGCCCAGUGCGGAUCCUCACAGUGGCGGAGAAAAGAGCAGCGAAUUCGGCUCGGAAGAGGAUGAAGAUGACGAUGAGAAUUCAGGAAGUGCUCUGAAUCUCAGCAGAAGGGAUUCCGGAUCGAAAUACAUGGAUCACCGGCAUUCUCAACCUCUACCUCUUCAAACGGCACCUCUCGGAAGGCCUCCUGGUGUUCCUGGCAGAAAACCUCACUCGCCGGGUAAGAGACAUCAGUGGGGUGCUUCUCCAAACAUGCCCCCAAAUCUAGGGACACCCUUUAUAAAUCCUGCCACGGGUAAGAAGAGGGUGCAGUGCAACGUCUGCCUGAAGACUUUCUGCGACAAGGGUGCACUCAAAAUUCACUUUAGUGCCGUGCACCUUCGCGAGAUGCACCAGUGUACGGUGAAAGGAUGCAGUAUGAUGUUCAGCUCGAGAAGAUCCAGAAAUCGGCAUAGCGCGAAUCCUAAUCCUAAGCUACAUUCCCCACACCUUAGAAGGAAAAUCUCACCUCACGAUGGACGAUCGUCCAUGGCUCACGCUCUGGUCCUACCACCUCAAGUUGGUCUACCGGUACCAGCGACAGGUCUCAAUCCUUUAUCCUUUGGAUCCUUCCCUUUGCUUACUCCGCCGCCUGAUCUCCGUUCCCCAGCAUCCCUCUGUGCUCUCGACUUCAAGCAUCUGGACUUAUCCUCUCAGAAUGCCAGAGCUUACGACGAAAAUGUUCAACAAAGAACAAGCACGACGAGCACAACGUCGACGACAAAAGCACCGUCUAACACAACAACAGCGAGUAUGUCACCGUCAGCACCACCUACGAUACCGGAAGGGGAGGAGGACGAUGACGACGAUGACGGUGGAAUUGUAGUCGUGGCUGAAGAGGAUAAUCUUCAACUAACCAGACUGUCGCAUAGGGACGAUGAUGAUCAACCAACGGACUUCAGUUUAGCAAAGCGACCUAAACUCUUCCUAGGUGACAUGGCUGACGAUGAACUCAUCAGUAAUCCAGAUAGCAAUGAAGACAAUGAUUCCAUGGUAGGAACCAUGGACCAUCACUCUUCAUCCAUAAACAUAACCUCUGGAAAUUCAGCAUUUCACAGUCGCGGGGUACGCAAGAGAAAGUCUCAAAAUCCUACGAGAUGCACAAUUCCCGCAGAGGUCCAUUCGUCUUCGACUGACGGUGAUUCCUCAAACGACGCCGUAUUUCAGGAUCAACCCGAGGACAUGUCCAUGUCUCGACUAGAAGCUGAGGAAAGAAAAAACUCACCAUCUCCCAAACAAGCGAUUUCUCAUGAAGAGUCGAGAUUCGACUCUCCUGACAGACACGAGAGAGACCCGAGAGAAUUGACAGCGGCUGCAGUAGUUAAUAGCAGCACUGCCAAUGCGGAAGGUGCCAAUCAGCAUGAAACCAUCAUGACCGAAGAGAAGAAUGAUUCCGUAGGAAUAUCUCAGGAGAGACCCAGAGACUUAUCCUCCACAACGAACACCGGUAGAUCUCCGAAACGGCAACUAACCCCAGAACCUAAGUACACCCCUGGGACUAAACAGGAAUUGCCAUUAACCGUAUCAUCCCCCAUGCAGCCAGGAAACUCCUACCUAACAACGAGCAUUCGCGAAACGAAUUCUGGCAACGAGAUGAGUAAGAGCGCAAAAGAGAGCGGAAGAGUGGACAAGCUCGAAGCGAAAGAGAGCAUGGAGGAGGAUAAGGCUAUGCAGGACCGAGUGAUGAGGCAGAAGAACGAACCGGAAGAAGAAGGACAUCAAGCAAUGGAGGCGGACGAGGAUGUCAAGGAUAACGAAGCUCAUGAUGAUGAUCGUGAUCGUCCUAACGUCAGGCAGGAGGAUGACGAGGAUCAGGACGAAGAAGAGGACGAGGAUGAGGAGAUCCAGGAGGAGGAUGACGAGGAGGAGGAUGAAGCUCUUCAGAAUCAAGAAGGUGAGCGUCCCGAUGAUGAUAUUCCGCGUGCCCCGAGCUCGGUCGACAGCCACCCGAGUACUAGUGACGACCUGUCCCUCGACUCCUCGAAUGCUUUGCGUCAACUCGAGUCCUUGUCGCAGGGUCGCAUGCCGUUCGGAACGCAGGAGGCUUCGAGGUCUGGCCGCAUCUCUACCAGCCCCAGCCUCAUGAUGGACACCAUGGACAACUCCUCUCAUGGCUCUCGCUCAUCCAGCGCCUCGCCCUCCACAGCGGCCAUGGAUACGGACAAUAGUCUCAUCACCUAUGCGAGAUACGAGAAUGGUGGCUUCGUCAGUACCCAGGAGGUACCGCUCGACCGUGACAAUCCGCGCCGAUGCACAGCCUGCGGCAAAGUCUUUCAGAAUCACUUUGGCGUCAAGACCCACUAUCAGAACGUCCACCUGAAGCUGAUGCAUCGCUGCAGCGUCGAUGGGUGUAAUGCCGCGUUUCCAUCGAAGAGAUCUCGUGACAGACACUCUGCCAAUCUCAAUCUUCACAGGAAACUAUUAUCAACCUCAUCGAGUCCUCCAUUGUCCUCGACCAUGCCAGCGAGUCUAUCGCCCCGUAUUGAUGAUUCUCAGAUGAAUCCACUUCUGCACAACGACUUUCUAGCGCGACUCUACGCGGAUGCACGUAUUGGAGCCUUAGGAGGUUAUCCAAUGCCACCAGGAUUGUCCUCGGGAGUUGAUUUAGCCGCCAGGAUUCCGCCACCCCAUCCCCUCCUGCUACCACCUCACUUGGGCGGUAAUACGUUUCCGGAUCUGACGUCUUUCGCCUCGCAUCUUGCCGGUCUGAACGGUCUCACACAUCAGCAUCUGAGUCAUCUGAACCACCUGACGAGACUGUCCCAGGAGCAAAGUGCGAGACACAUGUCAUGUUCAGCUUCGCCAGGUUCGCCUCAGGAAGACGCAUCCAGGAAGGACGAGGCCAGGUGCACGAUUCCUGGUUGCGACAGAGUCUUCGGGUCCAGAGCCGUCAGAGAUGCGCACUCGAGGGAUCCACAAGCUCACAGAGAUCUUCAGAUCCUUUCGACCGGAACUGGAUCGUGACCAGUCUCGUUCUGUCGUCCUCUGGACAGACACAAUGACUAUCCUCCGCUGUGAUGCCAAAAUUUUACUAACAACCGUGCGUGUCCUUGCGAGUCCUCAGUGUUACGCCGGAAAUCGUGUGACGGGUUUACGAGAGACGAAUCAAAGUAACAACUAUUAUCUCUCUAUUAAUUCGUGUCGAUGAAAGUGCUAGAGCUUCUCAAGAAACUUGAACAUAAUGCCGCCUGAGUGCAUGCAACAACUACAGAGCAUCAAAUACAUCAUACAUCAUACGUUAAGAUCUCCCCCCCUCUCUCUCUCUCUCUCUCUCUCUCUCCCUCUCUCUCUUUAUACAAAAACCGUGCAAUACCAAAUACUCCGGCCCAAGUCACGGGUCUAUGAAGUAAUACGAAAGCUCCUGUGUAGAGAUGUACUUUAAUUUUUCAACGUUUUCUCCCACUUUCUUGAUAUUCUUGUUUUUUUACUUUGCCUUUUUACUCUGUGGGAAAAUGCACUCGCGAGAAAGAUUCUAGUACGUCGUGUUGUGUACCGUUGAGAGUGUGGAUGCGCCAGUAUGAGAAAAAGUUAGUAUGUGUGAAUGAGGUGCGUGAAGAAAACGUUUGACGAAAAUUGAAUGAAGAGAAAGAGUAAAUGCGAAAAGGAAAAAAAACAAAUGAUAGCUGAAUAACUGAUCGAAAUGCUCUCUCUGAGGAUCGUAAGAAAUGAUUUGGAUAUGAAAUCGUAUCGGAAAUCAUGAGGGUGAUCGCUAGUCGAUUGCGAUCGAUUUACGAUGCGAUUUAUCUUCCGGCCCUGGUUCACGCCCUACUUUUAUCAUUGUUGUGAUAACGUAUAUUUAGUAAAUACGCUACUAUUUAAUCACUAACCUAUUAGUACUGCUGUAUAUAUCAAUGUAUCGCGUAACGAUCAUUAAAUUUAGAGCGUAAACGUUAUUGAUAAUCGACAUCACCUUCUUCCCUCUUUGAACGGUGACCACUGAAUAUUUUGUAAAGAGACGUGUUGUCAGAAUGGAAAGGAAAAAAGGGAUUUAAAAAAAUGGCAAAAUCGAGAUGAAUAUGGAUGAAGAAUAAUUAAGUGAGGCACAUAUACGCGCAUAGACACACACAAUUCAUAAGGGAUUAGGCAUGGUGAUCGUCAACCUUUAAUGGCAGCUAGAAAUGAAAAAUGCAAUGUCGUGUUAGUGCAGGGAACUAGAAACGAGUGUAGAAUGUUGAAUACGGCGAAUUAUGGAGGAUGAAAAAUUGACCAGUGAAUCGAAUAAAAAAUACACGGAGAGGAUUCUCAUGGAUCCUGUCGACGGCGUCGUCGUCUCGCUAGAUAAUUGAGAAUAGAUAGAUUUUAUUUAUUGUUUCCUAGGAAUCUUAACGAUACUCUGUACCAGCGGCCAGUAGCGGGCACUGCCGCAGAACUUCCUCCUUAGAUUUUAAAAAGCGUACCAUCAUUUUCUAGCGCGUAACAAUGGUGAUAUGUGAACGAUCGGUUUCGUGGCGCUGACGAUCUUUCAUAAUCAAACAUUUUCCUAGUGAUUCGCCUGGCUGUAGCGUAUGGCUUGAAUAAGAAGUAUUAUGCACUGCAAUGAAAAUAAACUAAUCAACAGUGAAUCCAAUAAUUACGUAUAAAAGUGAAACUUGCACGUUCCACGUAUUCGAGCGCCGUCAGCGCCGUCCAACCGAUGUGGCUCCUCUACGAUUUUGGUUGUAAAUACGUUUAUUUUCAUAUCAAAUAUAAUUUGGCAUAAAUAUAUAAAUAUAAAUAUAAAUAUAUAAAUAUCGAUACGGUGAAGUAUCGAUUCAUCGGAGACCCCUUUUCUACGUGUUUUUUAGUUUAAUCCUCUCGUCUCUCGGCGCCUCACUGUUCACGGAGUAAGCAUCAAUCCGAUAAGAGUAAGAUACGCGAUAAGAAGGACGAAAGAGCGACACGAAAGAAAAUUAAAAAAGGAAAACUUUACAAAUGUAAUUAUGUAUAAACUGAACGCUAUGAUGUAUAUUAUAGAUCAAUUAUAAAGAACAUUCAUCAUUAUGAAAAUAAAUAUAAAAAUUAAUAAAUCGUAAA